AUUGGUUAGUGGGUCCAGAUGUCGGAGGACCAGCAGCUCCAGCGGGCCGAAGCCUCCCGGCGGGGGGAGGCCACUCUGGAGGCGGGAGAGGGUGACACAGAGCCCAGCAUGCUGCUGCAAAAACUCAAGAGCAACAUCUCGAUUAAACUCACGUCAUAUAUUGACGGCCCUCGAGCGUGAUGCACACCAGGAAAGAUCCCAGUGGUAAAAGUACCAGACUCAUGAACUGUUUGCGCCUUCCUAUCACAGUGCACACACUGACAGCACAGACAAGUCUGUGUCUGUUUGUCCUUUAUGAACAAAUGAUGUCAGCUAACACUUAUUGUUCUGUUCCACGCUGGCAGAGCAGAGUGACUAAUUAAGAAUAUCAAAACGUGUUAAAGCAAUUAGGGACUGACAAAUGUGUUUUUCUCUACAGAUAAUGAUUGUUAGUAAGGAAGGAGACUGAUGACCAGUAUCAUAUAUUAUUGCAGUAAAAAUGAACAUUUUGGUGUCAGAGUUUAGAAUAACCUGUUAAGAAAUGUAUCUGCAUAAUUUACUCGAGUACAGUUUUGAAGUGUUUGUACUGGAGUAUUUUUGUUUUCUGCUACUCUGUACUUCCUCUCCACUGCGUUUUGGAGGCAGAUGCUCCAGUUUUAAAGCACCACAUUCAUUUGAUUAAGUUCUGUUGUAGAUGCAGACUAUCCAGUGUUGACAGGCUGUCACUCGUGUCGUGUAAGCAAUCAUAUCGUCCACGGGGCAGGAACAUUGAGUGGUGACCACCAAAUAACAGAAGGCCCCUUCAGAGCAGCAGUAUUUUUUUUAUUGGAUUCAUGUUAAUAUCAUCUUCUGUGUUAUUAAUGGGACAACUUUACAGCUGGCAGCUGUUUCACCUCUGUGUGACGCCGGUGCUCGGGUGUUCCAACAGGAAGAGCGUUCAGACCAAAGUGGAUCAAAUCCUGCAAGACGUUCAGCGUUUCUCCGACAACGACAAGCUGUACCUGUACCUUCAGCUGCCCCCUGGACCCAGCUCCGGAGACAAGAGUGGUGGGGACUCCAGUUCGUUCAACACGGCUGACCAGCUUCAUACCUGUAACUGGAUCCGCAGUCACCUGGAGGAGCACUCAGACACCUGCCUGCCCAAACAGGAUGUCUACGAGACAUACAGGAGAUACUGUGAGAACCUGCAGCAUCGCCCUCUGAGUGCUGCCAACUUUGGGAAGAUCAUCAGAGACAUUUUCCCCAACAUCAAGGCCCGACGGCUCGGCGGCAGAGGACAGUCCAAGUACUGUUACAGCGGCAUCAGGAGGAAGACUGUCCUUAACAUGCCUCUGCUGCCCAACCUGGACCUGAAGAAUGACCCGGCGGAGCUGACUGAGUUGGUCCAGACAUACAAACAGGAAGUGACAGAGGCAGCGUGUGAGUUGAUCUGUGAUUGGGCGCAGAAGAUCUUGAAGCGGUCCUUCGACACGGUGGUGGAGAUCGCUCGCUACCUGAUCCAGGAGCACAUUGUCAACCCUCGCUGCAGCCAGGCUGAGCUGGUCACCUCCGCAGCACUCGCAGGAGGUCCAGCUAAACCCCACAAGGUCAUCAAGAAAACACCGGUCAUCUCUAAAGCUGAAAGCGACGGGGCAGCUGAUCACAAGAGGGAACUCGGAGACUCCUCCUCCUCAUCAUCCUCUUUGAAGGUGCCAUCUGGAGACAAAUCAGCUGCAGCACCCAAACUUUCCUCCGUGGAUGCUCCACCUCCUCCCUCCUCCUCCUCCUCCUCUUCGCUGCGGCCUGCUGUGGAGGCCUUCAUGAAGCAGUUACCCAGAAUUCUCCCUCGCAGCUCCAUUCCUGAUAAGGCCCAGCUCUCGGUCCGCUCCUCGCCGCCCUCACUGGCUCCUAAAGAUGCCUCAGGUGUCGGGGGGGCUUCUGGUCCCGGAGGCCCAGCCGCUGCCGCCGCCGCCAGUGGUGGUGGGAUGAAGGUCAUUGCCAUGGCGACACUGCCGCAGCAGCAAGGUGGUCCAGUUCCACUGAUGAUCCUGCCUCAAGGCUGUCUGUCUUACGAGCGGGAGAAGAUGGCCCCACCACCACAACCUCCUCCUCAGCAGCAGCAGCAGCAGCAGCACGGUCCUGCAGCCCCCACCUCUGUGGUGCAGAAAGCACGUGGGAACGCCAGCAAACGCCCCCUGGAGGUGGUCGUGCCAGGUGGCGGAGUGGGUGUGUCUGGUAGCCCUGCUGCCAACACUCCUCCGGUGAAAAGGAAACGUGGACGACCUAGAAAACCUCGGCCAGAGGACGCCCUGCCUCCUGCCCCUCCUGCUCCUCCUCCUGCUGCUGCUCUUUCUCCCCAGACUUCCCCUCCUGCGCCUCCCGCCCAGCCUCCCAUCAUCACCUCCCUGACCGGAGGAGUCAUCCAGAAAGCUUCCUCCUCCUCUGCUUCCUCGUCCUCCUCCUCCUCACAACCCGUGCUCGAGCUUGUGAUCCAGGAGCAGUCAGGGCUGGUUCUGAGUCCGCUGCCGGCGGUGGAGCACCGCGGGGUGGUAGUGCAGUGUCAGCCAGGUGGAGCCAUUGAGACGGACCACCACAGCAGGCCCCUGCUGCUGUUCCAGAGUCCAGGGACCCCCAGCUGGGAGCUGGCAGCAUCGGGGCGGACCCCGAUGGUGGAGGUCAUCCAGAAAGCGCCGAGACCAAGCAAUAACAACAGCAGCAGCACUCCUCCACCUCCACCUCUCCCUCUGCCCGCGCUUCAUGGGGAGCGGGGGGAGGUGGAGAUAACAUUGACACCGGUGGAGCUGCACGACAGCCCACCGCUGCCUUCCACCUCCUCUUCUUCUGCUGCUCCAAUCUCCUGUUCCUCCAUCUCCUCCAUCACUGUGGGGAAAAGUGAGGAGGAGGAGGAGGAGAUGGAAGAGAGCAGCAGCAGCACCUCCUCCAAGAGAGAGGGACACUAGUCCUCAUCACUCUUCCUCUUUAUUGUCUUUUUUACCAGCCUUCCUCCCUCACGCAGCUUUUACCUCACUGCAAUGAAGCCCCGCCCCCUUACCUCUCCUCUUUCUUAUUGGUGGAAAUCCCAGAUUGGAAACUGCAGAGCGCCAAUCAAGGAGGAUAAAUGAAGCCAAAACCUCUGACUGUCUUUCCAUCAGCUCCCAUUGCACUAGUAAAUUGACUGGACGCAUUUAGAAACAUAUGAUUCUUUAACUGCAUGUCUGUCUAUGUGUCUCUCUGCCUGCCUGUCUCUCUGCCUAUCUUGUCUGUCUGUCUGUCUCUCUGCCUGUCUGUCAGCUGUGGCUGAAACCAGAAAAGCGACUCCUCAGGUGUGCGGGUUUGAAAUCAAACCUUCCUCUCGUCCUACUUUGACUUGCCCUGCUGCUUCGGAACAGUCGAACUACAGAAACAAAGACAGAUAAAUGAAGAGGGUGAAACAGAGGAAGGUGGGAGGAGAAGAGAGGCAGAGGGGAGAGAGACACGUGUUCAGCAUUGACUCGGCAGACGGGGCUCGGCCUGCAAUGGAUGGAGACAGCAGGUACUACGGGUCAGAGCCUUGUAAAGGUUCUUUGAGUUCAAUCUGAAAAAAUGACCUCUUUAACAGAGUUUGAGUUUGAGGAUUCACCUUCAGUCCGUGGAGCUGAAGAAAACGCUGACUUGAGGAUGUUGUGCUCAGAGCUUUUCUUGAGUUUGGUGACUCAGCGGAAAGUGUGGUGGAUAGGUGAGGUCAAAGUCCUGUAGUGAUUUUUGGACCGAAUGUGGAUCUCAGCUCGGCUCUGUGCUGUUCUGAACAGCUUUGGUUUGGUGUGUUUGUGUCAGUGUUUGUUUAGUAGACAUUUCUGAGUGUGUGUGUGUGACAGGAAGGGCCUUCGUAACCCGUCGCUCAGAAAUAUUGUGCGAAAUGAGCUUAAGGGUUCAAGGCUGUGGAGGGUGGCAGCCAUGUUUGCCAGUUUUCCCGUCGUUGUCGGCCCUGUGGUCAGCGGGGCUGGGAGUCACCUGAAGCAGCAGCAGUAUUAGCAUAUUUAUCAUGUACAAGAUUAUUGGAAUAAUUAAUGGACAAAUAAACCAAAUACUGGGCAAACGCAACCAUACAAGAACUCUGAAUUAAAGAGUCUAAAUCCAGAGAAGAGUUCACUGAUUAAAAAAGAAGUCAGCAAGAUUAUGACUCAGGGUCAUGUUGUUGACAUACUUCAGUCAGUACCAGAAGACCACUGAGGUUUGACUUCCAGCCCUGCUGACCUGAGCGAGCCCUGAUUUUCCUUUUCCCUCAUCUGUCCUUUUCCUGUUUAGCUCUUUCACCCCGAGUGCUGUUGAUGCCAAACUUGUGAGACUGACUUGAGUAUUUACUUUGUCCCAAAAUGUCUCCCCAUCCUGCUUCAUCCCCUGGGAUGUAAAUGUCAGUGAAGAAGUCUAAUCGCAGCUCCAAGUUUGUCACAAGGAGCAAAGCACAAAGUUACCUGCCAAGUAGCGCAACAGCUGGGAUGAAGACGCAGUUAAAAAAGGCUUUUGUAGAGCUGAGGUUUAGUCUGCUGGUGGUGAGCUUAGCUGUUGCUGUCAGUUGCUGACAGUUGCUGUGUGUUGCACUAACCCUGGGACGGCCGCUUCAUCAACUCUGGAGCUCCAUACGCAUCAGCAAUGUGACAUGACUUUCAAAUUAAAACGAUGCUUGUCUUUGACUUUGGCACAAAGGAAACGUUUGAAGACUUCAGCUUAAAGUUUAUUCUGAUGUGUUUUAAAACAACUGAUGUCAUCUGUGAUUUGAGAAAGUAAAAGCUGCAGACGUCAUACUGUACCAGCAGACGGCGUAAAGUCCCAACUGAAAAAGUGUUUCAGAACUUUCCAGCAGUCCCCCACGACUUUACGCUUCACUGCUAACUUCCUGUUAUCGCUCUUAUCACAGCUCACUCUCCACAUCCAAGAAAGCCUUCUUCACUGUAGAUCAAUCAGCUGACUGUUCCUUCGAUUGGAGGAGAAUGUCCAUUGUGGUUUCCUUAAGGAAAUGAAUCGUAAUUUUGCUUAGAAGUAACUGAAGAGAUUAUCAGAACAGUUUGAGUUCCGUUGAACUCAUUAAUCAACUAAUUGUUCCAGCUUUCAGUUUAAACAGACUGAAGAAGAAGCAGGGCCAUGAAGUGGGCUUGAGAUUCAAUUCUUGAGCUUUUCCUCUUUUUGUGUGGAGGAGUUUGACCCUCCGUCGUCAUGGUAAUGUCACAUUGCUGCAGGUCGUUCUUCACCCCUUGCCAAACUGCCUCUUGCUCGGUUUGAGGGCCUCCUCUUCAUCGUUGGUGCUACUGAACGCUGCGGCCUUCGCAAUUUUCCAUCCUGUAAUCACAGAUUUGUACUACAGAAACCUUUGUUGUUAACGCUCACGCAUCCAGAUGUGACUAGAGGUGUGUGUGUGUGUGUGUGACUGUGUGUCCUUAUUUCCCUCCGUCCUGAGACAACGAGAGCUUCAGGUCGGUUAAAGGGACACCGAAACACAUUAUGACUGUUAAAAGGACACCUAUUGCAUGAUGGGAAAGCUAAUUUAAGCACAUGAAGUGAGUCCAGCUGAGCUGAUGCACUUCCUGCUACAGCUUUACUCUUAGUUUAUAAUUAAAAGGAGCACUAAUGAUGCCAAAAUGUCCUUCUUAAUCACAAAAGUGAAGUGCCAAUGGUUUUCCAGCUGGUGGAAAAACGGUGUCUCUGCCUCCCUUUGACCGCUGAGCCUCAGCCCUUUUCAGACAGAACUGAAACUAAAGAGAAGUUGCACUGUUUAAGUUCAAAACAAGAGAAAGUCCUUGUAUGUUAUAAAUUUAUUGUUAUAUGCAUUGAGAAAGUACAUUGAAACAUAUUUAUGAGUGAUGUAAGGUUCUGCUUUAUGCUUGCACAUGCUAGAGAACAACUGAAUGGCGCCAAAAUUAUUUUUUAUUGCAAAAAUUUGGUCAGAUUAAUGAUCCUUGUUUCGUUGUUCUGUGGAGUUUUAACAGUAUGAAUAAAAAGUAAAGUGGCAGUAAAAGCAGGGAUUUGGAGACUGUUUGAAGCAGCAUUUCACUUGAUGGGUGACACCUACAGCAACAAAAAGCACUUCUGUAAACGCCUCGGCGACUUGGACUCGAGUCACGAGUCUGCUGACUUGCUGGUCUUGAUUUUGGACUCGUUGAGUUUGUCUGUCAUGUUGUCGUCUGUCUUUCCCAAACAGUCAGACACGUUAACAGCAGCUUCAUCUGAAGCAAACUGAGGCCUGCGUGGUCACAGAAGUGAUAGCAGCUUAUCAGCAGGAGUUCAGCAUCCUCGUGUUCUGACUGUGUUAAUAUUUAGAAGACUGACAGAAUUCAUCCAGACAGCAGGUGUGAUGUAUCUCAACCCGGGUAUCAAAGUGAAAUGUUGCUUUUAGAGUCUUGUUCUUGGAACGUAGAGUCGAUGUAAAAGUUUCAGAGUGAAACCUGGGAUGACUCAGCAGCUUUGUUGCAUCCACAGGACCUGCUGGGCUAAACUGGCCAAACUGGAAAUAAGUUUGGAAAAGUUCUGGACAUGAGCAGAUGUGAAUUGGAUCUGCAGUAAGCUGUAGAAAGGCUUUUGUGCCAGUCAACCUUAACCUGAACCGGUUUGGACCACUACUAAGUUAUGACUGGAAGAAAAUCAAAAAAUUGUUCACUGAAGGUGAGCGCAGGUGAACUGGAUGUGUGAAAGUGAAGAUCAGGUUUGAGUGAGUCUGUCAAAAGAAGUCAGAGAGAACAUUCAUGGAAAAACAAAGACGGGACUCAGGCCAGCUAAGUCACCCGACUGGGCUAACUGGAAGUGUGAGGUUCCCGCCAGGGCUAGCAUGAAGGUUUGGGAAAAGUCCAGCUACAGUUUAAAAGUUACAUGUUACAAGAAGUCACAAGUAGGUCAACAAAUCAAGAUCCAAAAGGUAUCAGACCUUUGGUUCCUGGAAGUCAGAGGUGGUCCAGAUUGGUCACUUUCUGGGCUGACUGGGAAUGUGGAGUUCCCUGCAGACAAGUCCAGACCUUGACCAGCUCUGUGCAAGUCGGGUUCUGAAAAGAGUUCGUGAAAUGGUCCAGAACAAGUCAGCAAAGGCAGGACACUCCAGUUUGGCCCAGUUUAGACCAGCGGCAUUGACUCGGGUCGAAGGUGGAGGCAGUUGUGGAAUCUUUCACUGUGGAGCCGUGUUGCUCAAAAAACAAAAACCGAAACGGGUCAGAUAAUCAAAGACUAAAGGAUCGGGAUUCGGGUAGCGGUGCAUGAAGGAUCAGACUCAAUGAGACAAUGUCCUCUGAUGUGACCUCCUGUUCUGGAUCUGACUCUGGUGCCACGUGCAUCGUUUUAACUUCAGCUAACUUGUCUUUUCAGCUGAUCUCACCUCAUUGUGGUUUUACAAAUCACCAUCAGUACAACUGGUUGACGUUGAAAUGAUGCUCAGAGCAGCUUCAUGUUCUUUUCACGUGAGCCAGGACAAAACUGGUCAGAGUUUCUAACAAUCAGCUCACUGAAAGUGUUUUUUUUCCCAGCCUGUAGACGUCAUGUCCACAGGAAGUUGACAGCUACAAUGACUGUCAGUCGUCCUCGUCAGGUGGUUUUUGUUUUAUUUUGUAAGACGUCUGUGGACUCCAGGAAGCUCCUUCUGUCCUGACUGGUGGAGAGUCUCACACAUUUCCUCCUCGUUUGGGUUCUCGUCACCUGUGGGUCACAUGACAAUCACGUGAGAGUUGUUUAACGAAUUCACAGGCUGACGAGCUGGACUGAAACGGCGUGUGACGCGACCUCAGUGACCCCGAGGUGACACUCGUCUGUGGACGACCACACGUUUGAAAUGCAGAAGAAGAGUCAAGGAUCCAAUUCAAAGAAAGAGUAAAACAAGAAAUUCAGUUUUCUUUGAGACAGACAGGAACCCCCCAAAAAGCUGCUUUUAUUUUCCUCAGUCUGAAGAACAGAACCUCUAUGUUCCAGAAUAAUCAGAAUAAGAAUCAGGUGGGAGAUGACGAGACGUUUGUCCGUUGGAGCUGAUCCUGGUCAAGCACUGCAGUCACUGUGGUGAUGAUGGUGGUUGACUCCCAGUCUAAACUGAAAGUAUACCUGUUUCCUGUCAGAAAUCCACUUAGAGUUUUUAUCAAUUCAUUUCCUUAGUACACUAAAUUUUAUUUUCUGUUCCAACUGAUUUUAAGACAUUUGUUGUCCUGAAAGUUCAAGGAAAAAAAAACUGUUUAUGUUGAGAAUACACAGAAUUAAUUUAAAGUUUGUACCCCGAGUGCAGCUUUGCAGGCAGUGCUUCCUGUUUGGCUCAGGAACUCUGGGUAAUGAAGUCCUCACUGUCCAGAGACAAGAACCAGAGUGGGAUUCUGGCAUCAAACAGCAACACUCGGAGCGUCGUGCUGCCAUUUUCUGUUCGCUCAGUGCAAACAAGACGAGACAAAAUCUGGUGAGAGUUUCUCUAACUUUUAAUUUAUUGUUUCGUUCCUGUUGUUGACGUCUGCUUUUGCUAUUCCACACAGAUGUACAGCUUGUUGAUGUGCAGAUUUUAUUAUUAUUAUUAUUGUUACUGUUGCUAUGGAGAUCUUUUUUAAAAAGAGAACUUUUCUUUGUGGAAGAGGCUGCUAGCUUCCCGCAUGGUUUUCUGUGACUGCUCGUCUGUUUUUGUAUAUUAUUAACUUUAAAAGCUUGACUUUGUUUCCCUGUGACCUGCUGGCUUUUGUUGUUUCUUUGCUCUUUGCUGUGAUGGUUAAAUGUUGAAAGUGUGGAGGUGGACAUCAGUCCAAAAGAAGGAACCUUCCCCUUUGGUUUAGAAACCACAUUAAUCAGUGAAAUGCACCUUUACUUUCCCUGUGUUGGUUCUGUUUCUCUGGAGCCUGUGUGCUUGUUUGUUUGUUUGUUUGUGUGUUGUGAAGAGAAACAGACGUGGCCGAGGACAGAAGUCAGGACAUUAAUGUGAAUCUAUUUUCCUACAGUCAUUGACUGGAAUAAAGGAAGUGACGCUCGCUGACAGAAAACACCGAGUCCUCUCACUUUUUCUAUUCCUCUUUUUCUUUCCCUUCUCUUCCUUUUCCUCUCUUUCUUUUUUCUUCAUUUCCUGUCUGUUUUUCCUUUCUUUUGCCGACUUGUCCUCUCCCUCUCCACUUCUCCUCCACUCAUCCACAUUCCGGUUCCUUUCUUUUCCAUCUCUCCUUGUCGUCUCCUGUCUUUCCUCCUCAUCCUUUUCCCUUCUGCGCUGUUCUUCCCCUCUGUUGUUUCCUCCUUUCGCCUCCAGGGUGCGCUGUGGUAUCUCAUUCAGCCCCACUGAAGUAGAAACAUGUAGUUGUACGCGUUGUACUGCAGUAAACAAGAAACCCAACAGACACGUGUAAUAUUGUGCAAGCGUGUAUAAUAUGGAAUGGAACGGAACUGACAUAAAGUUAUCAAAUGUACAAAUGCCAUUGCAAUGUUACUGUCACAUUGAGAAUAUUUUCACCUGCUGACGUUCAAAUUAAGCUGAAUGAUUUUCACAAAACAUUAAAAUAUUUAGGCCA